AGGCAAGGGGCGGUGCGACGGGAAGGGGCAGAGGGGAGCGGUUAGAGGUGGGAGUUGGCGCUGCGGGCCGGGCGGGGGCCGUGGAGCUGAGAUGCGGACGGGGCCGUGGCGGUGACCCGAGCUGCCGCCCGACAUGAACUCGCUGGAGCAGGCGGAAGAUCUCAAGGCUUUUGAGAGGAGACUUACUGAAUAUAUUCAUUGUUUGCAACCUGCCACUGGACGUUGGAGAAUGCUUCUUAUAGUGGUAUCUGUCUGUACAGCUACUGGUGCCUGGAACUGGUUAAUAGAUCCCGAGACGCAAAAGGUGUCUUUCUUCACAUCGUUAUGGAAUCAUCCAUUUUUCACGAUUAGCUGUAUCACUCUAAUAGGCUUGUUCUUUGCUGGAAUACACAAGAGAGUAGUUGCACCGUCAAUUAUAGCUGCUCGAUGUCGAACUGUAUUAGCAGAGUACAAUAUGUCUUGUGAUGAUACAGGAAAACUAAUUUUGAAACCUAGGCCUCAUGUUCAAUGACAAUCCGCAUUCAUUGUUCUGGGACUUAAAACAACCUUCCUUGGGAUGAGUGAUACAGCAGAAAGCCAUAAAGGAUUCCUUUUGCAGUUGGAUAUGUGAAGGUCAUAGCAACAAUGGACAAGAAGUGUGCAAUAUUCCCCAGAACAUCUUCCUGAUGAUGACUCACGCUAUCAGUACUUUGGUACUUUUGAUUAUCUGUGUUUCAGUAUUAGUGUCACUUUAGUACUUCAGGUCCUGCAAGGAGUUUUGCAGAUGAAGUAUGUAUGUAUGUUACUAAGUUAAACUUAGAAACAGAACCUCAUCCAGUUUUUAUAAUGUAUUUUUGCAAACUACUGUAAAUAGCAAAUCAAUGCCAAUGUUAAGGAGGAAAUGUUAUGUGGACUUUGUUCUGCACCAGUAUUUCAGGAACAUCUGCUUGCCGUCUCCACAGCUCUUUAAAACCGGCUAUUAUGUAUAGCUGUGCCUUUCACUCUUUUAAUCAUAGUGCAGGAAAAGCACCAGAUUGAGCUUAGACUGAGGAAGACUCAUCUCCAUUAUGUUGUAAGAAAUUGUAGCUGUUUUGAGAAAUAGUUUUUGUUAAACCAGAAUAGUGAACUUCAGCCACUACAGUGAUACUUUCCAGUUUGCUGUUUUCACUUAAUAUAUGCUUAUUAAUAUAUACUUUCAUUUAAUAUACUUGAUAUUUUUUUAAUGAUUUUAAGAACACUCCAGAGGCUUCUGAAUAGACAAGUUUAGUUCCAAAUUAUGUAUUAUCUGGGAAUGUGAUCGUCAUUGUUUUAGAUAAUUGGAUUUUAUGCUGCGGUAGGCGUGCUGUUGCAGUAGUAUUGUGCAGGUGUGAUUGAUCAUUCACUCCAUCACAAGGAUAACUUGGGAGCAGUGCCACAAACCAGUCUUCAAUUCUCACUGUUUAGAGAGUGUUAAUGACAUACUGUGUAUGCAUAUUAGCCACAUAGACUAUAAUAACCCUUAAAAUUAAACUAUUGGAAUUGCUGUAAAUAUUUUAAAGAACUGGAGGUGCCUUUUACCUGUUUAUUAGAAGAUUUUGAAAAGGUUUAAAUUAUUUCAUGAGCAGUCUUUUACAUUUCAUUUAACGAAAGCUAAAAAUUCAAAGACAAGACAAAAACUUUUUAAUAAGACUACAUUUAAAUGUGUUCAUCUUGGCUUUCACGUGUAUAAAAUUUCAUCCUUGGAACUGCAGCAAUAAAACCCUCUGCUCCUACGAAGUCUUAAGAGGGUAUGAUGUAUAUUCUGCAUUGUUUUAUUUUCUGUAAAUUUUGUAGGUAAAUAUGUGCAUAAAAAUAAAUACUUUAUAUAUACUUA